AUGUCGCCUAGAUCUUUGGACUUCAACUGUGCCCUGGUAACCGGAGGUGCUGGGGGUAUCGGAAGAGCAAUCGCCGAAUACUUCAUUUCGCAAGGGAAGAAGGUCAUUAUCGUGGGCCGCACAGAGUCCAAGUUACAAUCAACAAGCAAAGAGAUCGGCUCUGACUACUAUGUCUUGGAUACUGGAGAUAUCAAGUCUAUCCCCGGCUUCAUUCAGAAAGUCACCAAGGACCAUCCAGAGCUGGACUGCCUCGUCAACAAUGCUGGCGUCCAAAGACCUCUCAAUGUGAAUGACAUGUCGGCUGAAGAGUUCCUCGAGAAAGGCGAUGCUGAAAUCAACAUCAAUGUCAGAGGGCCUAUGCAUCUGGCUGUUGGCUUCCUGUCUCACUUCAAGUCUAAGAAGUCAGCAGUCAUCAUGAAUGUUUCGUCGGUUCUUGGCUUUAUUCCGUUCAGCAUCAUCAACCCAGUUUACAACGGAACCAAGGCUUUCGUGCACUUCAACACGAUGAACUUGAGAUCGCAGCUGGAGCAGGCGGGAUCAUCCAUCAAGGUCAUCGAGAUUGCACCACCCUCUGUUGGAACCGACCUGCACAGAGAAAGAGAGGAUCCAGACGACAACAAGAAGCACAAGAACGCCAGCGCUUUGUCUGUCGAGGAAUUCAUGGAUGAGCUGAAGAAGGGAUGGCAGGAGGACCGCGACUGUAUUGGCGCGGGAAUGAGCCAAAAAGUGGUCGACAGAUGGUACAGUGAGUUCGGGCCUGACUAUACAAAGGCUGAAGGCAAGGCGUGA